CGGCUGCCGCUGCCCGCCGCUCCCCCGGGCCACCCCGGGGUGCCCUCCGCCGGCCGUGUUCUCCUUAGAGGAACUUAGAGCCGCGCGGAGGGAGAGAACUCUUGUUUUUUGGGGUUCUGAAAGGAGGAAGGACCUCGGAGGAGGACGAGUGUGCGCGCGCUCCGGCGCCUUGUGCGCGCGCCACAACCCAACCGAACGCGACUUUAACGGUUUAAAAUUAAUAAAUAGAAUUAAAAUGUAAAAAGAAAAGAAAAGGCCGGAGCGAGGGGAACGCCGCGGGCCCGUGGUUAUCUCCGCGGCAGCGCGCGAGCCCGGAGUCAGAUCCACGAGCACGGCGCCCGGCGCAAAAUGGCCUCGUUGUAGUCGCUCUCGAUAGAAAAAGACAAAGCAUGCGGCAGUCCCGGUUAACGGCGCUGCGCGGCACCGGGGCCGCACCGGCGGCGGGGCUGCGCGCUGCUCGACGGGUGGUGUGUGUGUGUGGAGGGGGGGGCGGUCAAUGAAAAACAAUUAAUUUAUUUGUUAUUGUGUUAUUUAUGUGCUUUUGUAAUGUGGGGCCGUGGACGCGCUGUGCAGUAGGGGGAUGGGCCGCGCGCAGCGACGUGACGCGGGCCGCUGCAUUCAGGGCGACUGGGAGCCGGGCGCGUCCUGUUCAGACCCACAUGCACGCACGCACACACACAUGUGAAUGGGUCAACACACAGCUACUCUUCAUUACUCAUUUCCUGAUAUCUGCUGUGAAGUUUUGACGUCACGUGUUCAGCAUGAAGUUGCAACAUUGUGUCUCUAGACUUUUGUGAGUUACUGUUACAUUGCAACAUUGUGUCUCUUUAGACUUUAUGUGAGUUAUUGUUCCACUGUAACAUUGUGUCUCUUUAUACUUAAUGUGAGUUAUUGUUACACUGUAACAUUGUGUCUCUAGAGUUUUGUGAGUUACUGUUACAUUGCAACACUGUGUCUCUUUAGACUUUAUGUGUUAUUGUUACACUGUAACAUUGUGUCUCUAGAGUUUUGUGAGUUAUUGUUGCACUGUAACAUUGUGUCUAGAGUUGUGUGAGUUAUUGUUACACUGUAACAUUGUGUCUCUAGAAUUUUGUGAGUUAUUGUUGCACUGUAACAUUGUGUCUCUAGAGUUAUGUUAGUUAUUGUUACACUGUAACAUUGUGUGUCUUUAGACUUAGUUAUUGUUAAAUUGUGAUCUAAACUCUCUUAUUGGGCAGCGGUGUUUCUUUAAAUGGAUAUAAAGUUUAUUUAUAAUAAAGUUUCCUCGCAGCAAAUCAGAAAGAAGUUUUUACCCAUUUGUGUUUUUGGUGCUUGACAAUAAACAAAAUGGACGUAAGAGUCAAGAUAGGAAUAUGUAACACGCUUUAGAAGAGAGAUCUCGCUGAGCAGAGAGAAUAUUGUGCAAUGAGCAGCGAUAACAGAGUUGAGUAGACAACGUGUAACCACCGUCAGGGGCUCCCAGUGUUGGUAAAUGGCUUUUAUUUUGUUCUAUUGUUGUAAUUUUUAUAGCAUUUUGUCCAAACAGGUGUAAAUGUCGUUGAAAUGCUCUGAAUAUAUUGAUCAUCAUAAUGAACACAGUGGUUUUUUGGUAAUUAAUACUUCCUGACAUUCCUCCCUUUGCCUCCUGUGAGUGGGUUUAUGUCAUGUACAGGUGUCGGAGGAUCCACGUUCACCUGAAUUACCUUUUUGAAUUAGAACCGUUGAGAUUUAACCACAAAAUGCAUUAAAAACCCAGAUCUAGCAACACAUAUAUAUAUAUAUAUAUAUAUAUAUAUGUUGUAUAUGUCUGUACAUGUCUUCCUCCCUGUGCAGUGUGCUUCCUCCUGGUUGUAGGUCUUCCUGGUUGUAGAUCUUUCUUCAGAUUGUAUGUCUUCCUUCAGGUUGUAGGUCUUCCUGGUUGUAGAUCUUCCUGGUUGUAGGUAUUUCUUCAAGUUGUAGGUCUUCCUUCAGGUUGUAGGCUUUCCUUCAGGUUGUAGGCUUUCAUUCAGGUUGUACGUCUUCCUCCUGGUUGUAGAUCUUUCUGCAGGUUGUAGGUUUUACUUCAGGUUGUAGAUCUUCCUGGUUGUAGCCAUUUCUUUAAGUUGUAGGUCUUCCUCCUUGUUGUAGAUCUUCCUUCAGGUUGUAGGUCUUCCUCCUGGUUGUUGGUCUUCCUCCUGGUUGUAGAUCGCCCUCCUGGUUGUAGAUCGUCCUUGUUGUAGGUCUUCCUGGUUGUAUGUCUUCCUCCUGGUUGUAGAUCGUCCUGGUUGUAGGUCUUCCUGGUUGUAGGUCUUCCUUGUUGUAGGUCUUUCUUCAGGUUGUAGGUCUUCCUGGUUGUAGAUCUCCCUUCAGGUUGUAGGUCUUCCUCCAGGUUGUAGCUCUUCCUUCAGGUUGUAGGUCUUCCAUGUUGUAGUUCUUCUUCCUGGUUGAAGAUCUUCCUGCUUGUAGGUGUUCCUUCAGGUUGUAGGUCUUCCUGGUUCUAGAUCUUCCUGGUUGUAGGUCUUCCUCCUGGUUGUAGGUCUUCCCCCUGGUUGUAGGUCUUCCUUUAGUUUGUAGGUCAUCCUCCAGAUGGUUGGUCUUUCUCCAGGUUGUAGGUCUUCCUGGUUGUAGGUCUUUCUCCAGGUGCUUGGUCUUCCUCCAGGUUGUAGGUCUCUCUGGUUGUUGGUCUUCCUUCAGGUUAUAGGUCUUCCUGGUUGUUGGUCUUCCUUCAGGUUGUAGGUCUUCCUCCUGGUUUUAGGUCUUCCUCCUGUUUGUAGAUCCUCCAUGUUGUAGGUCUUCCUGGUUGUAUGUCUUCCUUCAGGUUGUAGGUCUUCCUAGUUGUAGGUCUUUCUUCAUGUUGUAGGUCUUCCUCCUGGUUGUAGGUCUUCCUGAUAGUAGAUAUUCCUGGUUGUAUGCCUUCUUCCUGGUUGUAUGUCUUCCUUCAGGUCGUAGGUCUUCCUUUAGGUUGUAGCUCUUCUUCCUGGUUGUAGGUCUUCCAGGUUGUAGGUCUUCCUCCAGGUUGUAGGUCUUCCUUUAGGUUGUAGCUCUUCCUCCAGGUUGUAGGUCUUCCUCGUUGUAGGUUUCCUCAGGUUGUAGGUCUUCCUGAUUGUAGAUCGUCCUUGUUGUAGGUCUUCCUGGUUGUAUGUCUUCCUCCUGGUUGUAGAUCGUCCUGGUUGUAGGUCUUCCUGGUUGUAGGUCUUCCUUGUUGUAGGUCUUUCUUCAGGUUGUAGGUCUUCCUGGUUGUAGAUCUCCCUUCAGGUUGUAGGUCUUCCUCCAGGUUGUAGCUCUUCCUUCAGGUUGUAGGUCUUCCAUGUUGUAGUUCUUCUUCCUGGUUGAAGAUCUUCCUGCUUGUAGGUGUUCCUUCAGGUUGUAGGUCUUCCUGGUUCUAGAUCUUCCUGGUUGUAGGUCUUCCCCCUGGUUGUAGAUCUUCCUUUAGUUUGUAGGUCAUCCUCCAGAUGGUUGGUCUUUCUCCAGGUUGUAGGUCUUCCUGGUUGUAGGUCUUUCUCCAGGUGCUUGGUCUUCCUCCAGGUUGUAGGUCUCUCUGGUUGUUGGUCUUCCUUCAGGUUAUAGGUCUUCCUGGUUGUUGGUCUUCCUUCAGGUUGUAGGUCUUCCUCCUGGUUUUAGGUCUUCCUCCUGUUUGUAGAUCCUCCAUGUUGUAGGUCUUCCUGGUUGUAUGUCUUCCUUCAGGUUGUAGGUCUUCCUAGUUGUAGGUCUUUCUUCAUGUUGUAGGUCUUCCUCCUGGUUGUAGGUCUUCCUGAUAGUAGAUAUUCCUGGUUGUAUGCCUUCUUCCUGGUUGUAUGUUUUCCUUCAGGUCGUAGGUCUUCCUUUAGGUUGUAGCUCUUCUUCCUGGUUGUAGGUCUUCCAGGUUGUAGGUCUUCCUCCAGGUUGUAGGUCUUCCUUUAGGUUGUAGCUCUUCCUCCAGGUUGUAGGUCUUCCUCGUUGUAGGUUUCCUCAGGUUGUAGGUCUUCCUGAUUGCAGAUCUUCCUGGUUGUAGGUCCUCCUCCUGGUUGUAGGUUUUCCAGGUUGUAGGUCUUCCUCCAGGUUGUAGUUGUUCCUCCAGGUCGUAGGUCUUCCUUUAGGUUGUAGCUCUUCCUCCAGGUUGUAGAUCUUCCUGGUUGUACCUCUUCCUCCAGGUUGUAGGUCUUCCUCCUGGUUGUAGGUCUUCCUCCUGGUUGUAGAUCUUCCUGGUUGUAGGUCUUCCAGGUUGUAGGUCUUCCUCCAGGUUGUAGAUCUUCCUGGUUGUAGACCUUCCUGGUUCUAUGUCUUUCUUCAGAUUGUAGGUCUUCCUUCAGAUUGUAGGUCUUCCUCCAGGUUCAGGUAUUCCUCCAGGUACAGGUCUUCCUAGUUGUGGUGUCGCUCCUCUCAGGAUGUAGUGUCUUGUUUAACAGACACAAGAAGAAGACUCAUUGCUUUCUCACCUUUUCUUGGGGCGGCUUUAGCUCAGUGGGGUAAGAGGGCCGUCCUGCAACCGCAGGGUUGUGGGUUCGAUCCCCGCUCUCCCCAUUAGUUGCAAGUCGAAGUGUCCUUGAGCAAGGCACUGAACCCCCGGUUGCUUCCCGGGCGCUUCACCGCAGCCCACUGCUCCUUAAUAACUAAGGAUGGGUUAAAUGCAGAGAACUAAUUUCCCCUUGGGGAUAAAUAAAAGUGUAUAUUCUAUUUGAGAUCUUUCAUAAACGAUGUUCUCCUCUUCGGUCCAUCACGUUAUUUGGAGGACGGUUCAGGGUCCAUAGCUCCACUUCUGAGUUCUAUCAUCCAUCUGCUCCACCUCAAGCUGUGAUGUCAUCUUGUUUCUCGUUUGAUGUUCAUGUGUUCAUGUGUACAGGUGUACAUGUGUUCAUGUCUUCAUGUGUACAUGUAUUCAUGUGUACUAGUGUUCAUGUGUACAAGUGUUCAUGUGUACAUGUGCUCAGGUGUUCAUGUGUGCAGAUGUUCAUGUGUACAGGUGUAUACUUGGACAUGUGUUCAGGUGUUCCGGCUGUCGGCCAUGUUGAUGUUAUUAUGGGAUGUCCUGUGCACAGGUUCUCGGCCCGAAAGGUCUCCAGUGAACCCCGGUGUCUCCUCAUUGGAGAGGAGACGCAGCCGGACUCUGUUGUAGUCUGGAUAAUGAAAAGCUGGCAGUCCGUUGGAGCCAGCACUGUGUCCUAGUGGUUGAUGGAGGGUACUGUACUGUGAUGUGCCGAUGCUUUUUCCUCCUCUCACCCGGUCUUGCCUCACACCUGAAAUGGCAGGAAGGUGAACACCAGCUGCUUGUCGCUCGUACACAAGUACGUGAAGCGCUGCAGCCGGACCCACCUCGUUGCUUUUGCCUGUGCCUCUCAACAGGAAAGAGACACAACAUGUUCCCGAAGGGCACCAAGCGCAAGUUCUCCGACUCCGCAGACGAGCCGGCAGUCUCCGGCGUAGAGGCGGCGGCGGUGGUGCCGGCGGCUGCGGCGGCCCCGUCCGCGGCGGUGCGGGCGCUGACAUCCGCCUACAGCCUGCAGCGCCAGUCGCUGCUGGACAUGUCGCUCAUCAAGCUGCAGCUGUGCCACAUGCUGGUGGAGCCCAACCUGUGCCGCUCGGUGCUCAUCGCUAACACGGUGCGGCAGAUCCAGGAGGAGAUGACCCAGGACGGCACCUGGCAGAUCAUGACCCAGGCCCUGGCCGCCGCCCAGUGCCCCACGGACCGCCUGGUGGCCACCGAGGUGCUGUGCAGGCAGACGGAUGCGGCGGCGGGCGGCCAGAGCCCCAAGCCCUUCGGUGUGGCCGGCCUGGAGGAGGGCUACCACGCGGAGGAGGUGGUGAUGGAGGGCGACGUGGAGGCCGAGGUCACCAUGGCCGCCCUGGCGCCCGCCUCCCCCCAGAUGUCCUCCGCCUCCUACCUGGCGGGGACCUUCGGCAUGGGGCCCUGCUGGGAGGAGGAGGAGGACGACGACGGCGAGUGCGAGGAGGACGAAGAGGAGGACAGCGAGGAGUGUGUGUCGGAGGGCGAGGAGGCCGAGCAGGACCACCUGAGCGCAGAGUCCAGGACAGGGGAGCAGGUUUUUGGGACUUUUGAGAUCAAGCACCCAGCGCCGCCCCCCGACCCGGCGCUGGAGGAGCUGUUCUCGGACGUGGACCCGUCCUACUACGACCUGGACACGGUGCUGACGGGCAUGCAGAGCGCCCCCAAGAUGGGCCCCUACGACCUCCUGGAGAGCCUCUCCUCCCACGGGGGGCCCACGGCCCUCAGCUCCGGCUCGAGCUGCAGGUCAGACCUGAACGAGCUGGACCACAUCAUGGAGAUCAUUGUGGGUUCCUGAACCCCCCCCCCCUUCCCCACAUUCCUCAGACUCUUUCCAGACUAUGCACAGUGUGCAUGUUCUGUCUGUGGCGUCCACGCGAGGCGGUGAAGGCUUUGGGGCGAGGUGGGGGCCGGCUGCCCGUUAGCCGCUAGCCCGUUAGCUCUCUCGGCCUCGGGGCCGGUCGACUGCCCCUGGUGGGACCUCCAUCUUUUAUUAAAAUAAAACCCCUAACCGUAGCAACGGGGGGAGAUGAAUACAUCUCUUGUGGAUUCAGAAGUUAGUUUCCUACUUUGUUGCUGAAACCCCAAAACGAGGGCGAGGAUAAUUCUCCCACGAUGCAUUGCUCUUUACUUUCCAUGUUUACGUCAUACAUUCUGUCUCCUCGCCAUCGGACUGCCAGCCCGUCACACUACAGACACCAGAACAAAGUGUAAAUCCAAAUC